GAUGCGUAAUUUAAAAGCAAGCAAAUGCAACUCCGUUCUUCACAACUCGUCUGGAUUUACUCUAAGCGGAGCCGUUGGACCAAGUACUUCAAGUAACGAUGGACGGGAAGUUACUCGCAGUCGUGACUGCGCUCAUACUUCUGACUUAUGCUCCCUCUUCGCAAGCAAAACCCAUCAGUCUGGUGGAGAGAUGCUACUGUCGUUCAACGGUCAACAGCCUCCCUCGGGGAUACAUUCGAGAGCUACGCUUCAUCCACACGCCAAACUGCCCCUUCCAAGUCAUCGCCAAAUUGAAGACCAACAAAGAGGUGUGUGUGAACCCCGAAAUCCGAUGGCUGCAGCAGUACCUGAAGAACGCCAUCAACAAGAUGAAAAAAUCCAAACGUGUCAACUAAAGUGUCUAUUCAUUUCCUUCUGAGACAUCACUGAGGAUAUGGACCGUCAUCACAUACAUAUACUCUGUAUACAAAUACACUUAAUACUGUAUAUGUUGUGUAGUCAUGAAAAUGCUAUUUUGUAAAGCACUUACCACGGCUGCCCUGCUGCAGUCUCUUGCAUGAAAUCACUGCAUUGUCAUCAUCACCACUACCGUUGUCGCUAGAUCAUGCUUAUAUAUAUUUUUUUUUUGCAAAGUGCAAUUCUAUCUGUGUUUGUUCUCCUAACUACAAUGUACAUACUUUUUUUGUUAAAUGACAUCACUAAAGGGCUGUUUUGCUCCAAAAUAUACCCGUAGGCGGUUCAGCAAAACGUACCCCAUAUUUCAAGUUAAUUGGCGCCUAGGAAUUUCUAUUGGUACCCCACAGACUGAGUAUAACAUACAGGAUUCUUGUAAAAGUCCCAAUUAUGAUGUUUUUGUAAUGGAAUUAAUUAUUCGAGCAUUUCCUGAGCAACACUGUGUUUGCGAUAAUGUGACUCCCAACAUGUCUACUUUAGUUUUCUUACUCAAACAGGUUUAAAGGGUUCAGUAUCUUCAAGCUGGGUCCACCACAAAUCAAACAAGAAUGGGGACACUCACUGAUCUAAUUUCUCUACUUGAUUUGGCUGGAUUCUAAUGGAAACGUGGCAGCGGUGUCAACCAUGUUUACAGCAUUCGGUUGUAAUAUAAAUCACACCAUGUAGUCAAAACAGUUGAGAAUAUGGCCAUACAUUCAACUGUAAUGCAGAUAAGAAUGCACUUUAUCUCUGAUCUACUCAUUUUUUUUUAAA